AUGCUCAAUCAAUUCCACGCAGAAAAUCAAGAAUUCCUUGCUUUUAUUGCUAAAUUUAAUAAAGUAUAUACAAGUCUCGACGAAUUCAAUGACCGUUUCAAAAUUUUCAGAGACAAUGCUGCUUAUGCAAGAGUCCAUAACUCCCUAGGAGAAUCCUAUCUUCUUGGCAGCACUCAAUUUUCUUACCUAACUCUUGAAGAAUUCAAAGCUCUCUAUACAUCUAAUAUACCCGUCCCAACUAAUCAUGCUCCCAUCUCAGAGAUUCCACUUGAAGCUCUUCCAACUUCAGUCGAUUGAAGAGGGUCACAGUAUGUAACUCCAAUAAAAAACCAAGGAUCAAAUUGCAAUGCUGGUUGGGCUUUCGCAGCUGCUGGUGCAUUAGAAACCUCUUGGUGCCUAAAAACAGGGAACCUUGCUAGCUUGUCUGCUCAGGAAUUAAUUGAUUGCUCCUCUUCGUAUGGAAACCAAGGCUGUAAGGCGGCUCCGCAUAUUAUGCUUAUGGGUUUAUUAAAAAUAAUGGCUUAG